UCGCUCGCUCGACGGACCGCACUGCCCGCGACGUCUCCGGCUCCAUCUCCUUUCAGCUACCGCACAUCUCCCUGGUCGCUUCGCCUCGUGGUCCGAGAGGCAAGAACCGAGCGCCGCCAGGUACUUUAGCCCCCAAUUCUCUUACAGUUCACGAGUGACUGUUCUGCUUUAACAGUGGUUUCCUGUGAAUCUCAAUACCAGAAUCCUGAGGUUUCUGACUCUGCUGACAAAGAUACGAAGGAUUUUGCAAGAUGUCUAGCCCUGCAAAAGUUUUAGAUCCUGCUUUCCAAUCAGUUGGUCAGAGAGUUGGGACUGAGAUUUGGCGAAUUGAGGAUUUUCAGCCAGUAGCCUUGCCAAAAUCUGAGUAUGGUAAAUUCUACAUGGGGGAUUCUUACAUUGUUCUACAGACUACGUCUGGCAAGGGUGGUGCUUAUCUAUAUGACAUACACUUCUGGAUUGGAAAAGACACGAGUCAGGAUGAAGCUGGAACAGCUGCCAUAAAAACUGUCGAACUAGAUGCGGUUCUAGGUGGUCGUGCUGUGCAGCACAGGGAACUCCAAGGUCAUGAAUCUGACAAAUUCUUGUCUUAUUUCAAACCUUGUAUUAUACCAUUGGAAGGAGGUGUAGCAUCUGGAUUUAAAAAACCUGAGGAAGAAGAGUUUGAAACUCGUUUAUAUGUUUGUAAAGGAAAAAGAGCCGUGAGGUUGAAGCAGGUCCCUUUUGCUCGAUCCUCGUUAAAUCACGAUGAUGUAUUCAUCCUGGAUACUCAGAAUAAGAUUUAUCAGUUCAAUGGCACAAAUUCCAAUAUCCAGGAAAGGGCAAAGGCCUUGGAAGUGAUUCAAUUUUUUAAGGAAAAGUAUCAUGAGGGGAAGUGUGACGUUGCCAUUGUUGAGGAUGGGAAGUUAGAUACAGAGUCAGACUCUGGUGAGUUCUGGGUUCUCUUUGGUGGCUUUGCUCCAAUUGGCAAGAAGGUGGCUAGUGAUGAUGAUGUUAUUCCAGGAACAACUCCAGCUAAGCUCUAUAGCUUCAUUGACGGUGAUGUGAAGGCUGUUGAAGGUGAACUAUCUAAAAGCAUUCUGGAAAACAACAAAUGCUACAUGCUCGAUUGUGGUUCUGAAAUUUUUGUGUGGGUUGGCCGUGUAACAACGGUGGAUGAGAGAAAAACUUCCAGCCAAGUGGCUGAGGGUUUUGUCGCUAGCCAAAACACACCAAAGUCAACACGCGUAACCAGGGUCAUCCAAGGUUAUGAAACACAGGCAUUUAAGUCCAAGUUUGAUUCUUGGCCGGCUGGAUCCACUGCUCCAGGUGCUGAGGAGGGCAGAGGGAAAGUAGCAGCUUUGCUGAAGCAACAAGGUAUCGGUGUGAAGGGAAUGGCAAAAAGUGCUCCUGUCAAUGAGGAAGUCCCACCUUUGCUUGAAGGAGGUGGAAAAAUGGAGGUGUGGCGUAUAAAUGGCAGCGCUAAGACGCCAUUGCCUAAAGAGGAUGUUGGGAAAUUCUAUAGCGGAGAUUGCUACAUUGUUCUUUAUACCUACCAUUCAGGGGACAGGAAAGAGGAUUACUUUUUGUGCUGUUGGAUUGGAAAGGAUAGUAUUGAGGAGGACCAAAAAAUGGCUGCUCGUUUGGCUAACACAGUGUCCAACUCGUUGAAAGGGAGACCUGUUCAAGGUCGUAUAUUGCAAGGUAAAGAGCCACCUCAAUUCAUUGCACUUUUUCAGCCAAUGGUAGUCCUUAAGGGAGGUUUGAGCUCGGGUUACAAAAAGUUUAUUGCAGAGAAAGGUUUGACAGAUGAAACUUAUACACAAGAAAGUAUUGCUCUCAUUAGGGUUUCCGGUACUGCCAUUCACAACAGUAAAGCUGUCCAAGUUGAUGCGGUGGCAACAUCAUUGGAUUCUGCUGAGUGUUUUCUUCUUCAAUCUGGAUCUUCAGUUUUCACAUGGCAUGGCAAUCAGAGCACUUUUGAGCACCAGCAGCUUGCUGCAAAAGUUGCAGAGCUUUUGAAGCCUGGGGUUGCUUUGAAACAUGCAAAAGAGGGUACAGAGAGCUCACCCUUCUGGUUUGCACUUGGAGGGAAACAAAAUUACACUGGUAACAAGAUUUCCCAGGAGACUGUCAGGGACCCCCACUUGUUCACAUAUUCACUUAAUAAAGGAAAGUUUGAGGUUGAGGAAGUACACAACUUUUCACAAGAUGAUUUGUUAACCGAGGAUAUCAUGAUACUGGAUACACAUGCUGAAGUGUUUGUUUGGGUUGGUCAGUCUGUGGACUCGAAAGAAAAGCAGAGUGCUUUCGAAGUUGGUCAGAAAUACAUUGACAUGGCCGUAUCUCUAGAGAAUUUGUCUCCAGAUGUACCGCUCUACAAAGUUACAGAAGGAAAUGAGCCAUCCUUUUUCACAGUAUACUUUUCGUGGGACUCUGCAAAAGCAACAGUUCAAGGAAACUCAUUCCAGAAAAAGUUGGCAUUACUUCUGGGGAUAGGCCAUUCUGCAGAGAACCAGGAUAGAUCAAAUGGGAGUCGAGGAGGACCAACCCAGAGAGCUUCAGCUUUGGCAGCCUUGUCCUCGGCAUUUAACGCAACUCCUGGCAAAUCAUCUUCAGGUGAGGACAAAUCCAAUGGGUCAAAUCAAGGUAGCGCAAGGCAGAGAGCAGAAGCUUUAGCUGCAUUAUCCUCUGCAUUCAAUCAAUCAUCUGAGAUAAAGACCUCCGCUUCUAGGCCAUCUCCGGCAGGUCAGGGUUCACAGCGAGCUGCUGCUGUAGCUGCCCUAUCUUCGGUUCUUUCAGCUGAAAAGCAGAAGUCGCCAGAUACCUCUCCCACUCAAGCGAGUGGAACUCCUGCAGAAAGCAGCUCUCCCGUUGGAAAUCCCCUUUUUGAAACAGAAUGGAACGAUUCAGAACCAAAGCAGGAAUUGGAGCAGGAUGAGAAUGAUAAUGGAGGUAGCGGAGCGAUAUUCACCUAUGAACAACUGAAGGCUAAAUCCGACCAUCCCGUGACUGGAAUUGAUUUUAAAAGGAGAGAGGCCUACCUGUGCGAUGAAGAGUUUCAGACCGUGUUGGGGAUGACAAAAGAAGAAUUUUACAAAUUGCCAAAGUGGAAGCAAGAUAUGCAGAAGAAGAAGGUCGAUUUAUUUUAGGGGCUGCAUUAUCCACGGACUUCUUCCUAUGCUCCUUUUUUCCUUGGCUACUCACGGUUCGGUGUGGAGUCACGUCGGACAAGCAGGCGUGGGGUUUGUUUCGUCUAUCAUUUUUCGCGCGUUGAUGAAUGUGUAGUUUCUAGCGAGAAUCAAGUUUGCGUUUGCCGCUUGUUAGGAAGGACGGUCUCUUCUUUCUUCCUCCUAGAAGGUUCUGCCUCGCAUUUUUUCAAGCUCCCUUUUUCUAAGGACUGUGACAAAGGUCAAAUUCUUUUGUAUGGUCGAGCAUAGUUCAUUUUUUUUCGGGUCUCCCCUUUUCCCUUUUAUUUCUUUUUCCUCUCGACUCUUACCGGACGAACUUGUGAAAGGAAUGUACAUGUAUUGCAUUUGAUCUCGACUUAAUGUAUAAUAUGGCGAUUGGUUUUCUAUCUGUA